AUGGCCUACCCCCAAAGUAACGGGCAAGCGGAAGUCGCCAAUAGGGAAAUCCUCAGAGGGCUACGGGCUUGGCUCGACCACACCAGAGGUAGCUGGGUUGAUGAGCUCCCCAGUGUGUUGUGGGCUCUUCACACGACCCCAAAGGAGGGGACCGGCGUAACUCCUUUCCACUUGGUAUACGUCGGCGAAGCAGUCGUUCCUGUAGAGGUUGGAGUGGAGUCCGAUCGGGUGCAGUUCUAUGAUAAAGAAAAUGUCGGACGAAGACUCAUGGAGCUCGACUUGGUGGAUGAGACGCGGGCUAAAGCAGCCGUGCGGCUAAUGGCGUAUCGACAACGGAUGAAGCAGAACUACAACCGGAGGGUCAUCCCGAGGUCUUUUCAGGGCGGCAAGAGAACGAAUAAGAAAAGAUCGUCGGAUGAGAGAUCAUUCAUUAAGACUUGCAAGAUGAUUACAAACAAGGGUGAAUACAAAAUCACUCCAGAUAAUCAAGCACAUCGUCAGGCUAAUGGCGUUGCCGGUUAG